UAUAUCAUCAGUGAUGUUCAUCCAAUUCCAAUCACACAUCAGUGAUUAUACAAAUAUGACGGAUUUUAACUUGUUAACUUUCGAUAAAAAAUAUAGUUGAUAUGGAUGCAUUGUAAAUGAUGGUUUUGCCAAUUAGAGCUAUAAAUUUACGCCUAUAUAAUAGAUACUUUCCUAUUAAAAACUUUAUAAGAAAUAUCAGCAGGGAGAAGGAACAAAAGAUUGAUGUUGAUGGACAAACUAUAAAUUAUAUAAAAGUUGGAAAUGGAGAGAAAAAAAUUCUAUGCUUUCCUGGAGCUAUGGGAACAAUUUGGACUGAUUUUAAACCUCAGAUUGAAGAAUUGGAUAGGGAAAAAUUUACAAUCGUAGUAUGGGAACCUCCUGGGUAUGGCCGUAGUCGACCUCCAAACAGAAAUUUUAAUUUAGAUGUUUACAAAAAUGACGCAGAAGUAGCAUUUAAAUUUAUGAAGAAGUUGGAUAUUAACAAAUUUUCUUUAUUGGGAUGGAGUGAUGGCGCCAAAUCCAGUUUGAUUUUAAGUUCUAAAUAUCCAGAACAUGUAGAAAAAUUAGUAGUAUGGGGUGCAACUUCUUAUGUUUUACCGGAAGAAGUACGUUAUUAUGAAGAGAUCAGAGAUAUUAAUAAUUGGUCAGAAAGAAUGAAAGAACCCCUUAUAAAAUUGUACACAGAAAGGGGCCUACAGGAUAUGUCGAACGGUUGGUGCGACACACUUAAGAACAUUCAGAUAAAUGGGGGAGACAUCUGCAAAAACGAUUUACAAAAUAUAAAAUGCCCCACUUUUAUUUUGCACGGUGACAAAGAUCCAAUGCUUGCUGCUGGGCAUCCAGAAUAUUUAAUGUCUCGCAUAAGCAACGCUAAGUUGCACAGAUUUCCAGAAGGUAAACAUAACAUUCAUUUAAAAUAUGCUCGGGAAUUUAAUAAAAUGGUGACUGAUUUCUUAUUGAAUUAAAGAUGUUUUAUAAUUUUUUAAAAUAUAAACUAUAUUUUUAUGUAGGAAGAAAAAGUUUAAUAAAACAUUAUUUUGGGUG